GCGCGCCGCCCCCCCACCCGCGCGGCCCCCGCUCGGCUCCGCUCGGCUCCCCCGCGGCCGCGCCGGGCCGGCCAGGUGGUGGCGGCAGCGCGGGCGAGGCAGUGCCAUGGCAGGCGCGGCCCCCAGCACCAGCGCCAGCGCCCACCUGGCGCCCUGCCCCAGCCGCUGGUAGGCACCCUUGCCCCGCGGCGGGGAUCCCCUUCCUCCUCUCCCUGCCGCCCCCGAGGGCAGUGGUGCGAGGCAGCAGGAGCCACCCCGGCCCGCGGGGCCAAGGACUUGCUGACCCAUCCGCAGCAUCCUUCUUCGGCGAGCGCUGCGCUGCAGAGAGAAGUUCCUACUGCCCAGCUUCCAUUUUGGUGCAGGCUGCCGUGGUAUCUUUUAAUUGUUCAUAUUCAGGAUAGAGCAAACAAUGGGGAGAAAACUAGAUCUUUCUGGCUUGACUGAGGAGGAAGCAGAACACGUACUUCAGGUGGUCCAAAGAGAUUUCAGCCUUCGGAAGAAAGAAGAAGAAAGGUUGAGUGAAAUGAAGCAGAAGCUGGAUGAAGAGGGUAACAAGUGCAGCAUCCUUUCCAAGCAUCAGAAGUUUAAUGAGCAUUGUUGCAUUCGCUGCUGCUCCCCUUUCACUUUUCUCAUCAAUAGCAAGCGGCAGUGCCAAGACUGCAAGUAUAAUAUCUGCAAGAACUGCUGCUCCUAUCAGAAGAAGGAGAAGGCUUGGAUCUGCCGUGUCUGCCAGCAGGCAAGAUUCCUAAGGACCCAGUCCCUGGAAUGGUUUUAUAAUAAUGUAAAAAGCCGCUUUAAACGUUUUGGGAGUGCUAAAGUCCUGAAGAAUUUAUACAGGAAACACAGACUGGAGAGCGGAGCCUGUUCUGACUUAAUAGAAGGAAGCUUUUUCGAAGGAAGCACAGAAAAUGAAGGAAGUGUUUGUGGCAGUGAUGCUACGUUCUACAGACAGUCUGAAGGACAUAGUAUGAUGGACACCCUUGCUGUGGCAUUGCGAGUUGCGGAAGAAGCAGUAGAAGAAGCCAUUUCCAAGGCAGAUGCAUAUGGUGACAGCCUGGACAAACAGAAUGAGGCGUGUUAUUUACGAGAACACAAGGAGGAACUGAUAGAGGAACUUGCCACUACCAUAGUGCAGAAGAUCAUAAGAAAACAACAAAGCCAAGCUGUACAGGCUGAGGCUGCUUUUGAAUGGCCACAGUCCAGGAGUAGUGGACUGGUAUCUGCUGCUGUCUCAGAUCAGAGCAUGCUGACUUUCCCAGGGAGUCGCAGGGGAUCCUUUGCAUUAUGGAGAUCUCAGUCAGCAUUCUCAUUAACUAUGGACGAUGCACCAAGCAAGGGCCUGGACCUCGCAUCUUCUAUGUCUGAGCUUCUUUGGAGACAUCAGAAAGGCCAGUCCAGGAGAAAGAAGGAACAUAAAAUGUCUGCAUUGCCCAGCUGGAAAAGUGUGGACAGGCUAAAUGAAAUAAGCCCGCCUCCUGUUUUACACAGCACCGAUGGAAACUGGGUGGCUUUGCAAAAUGUCGCCUUGCCGCUCCCUCGAAUGCUUGCCAAACCAAAGAGCCAAGUGUUCAAAGCCUUGGAGAAUGAGUCUAGCGUUGUGUCUGCUUAUGAUGAGAUGGGCUCUGACAGUGAGGAUGACUAUGACUGGAAUGUGGCCUUGAACAAGCUGCACCAGAGGCCAAGGCAGUUGUCGGAGGACUCCUAUUAUACUGAUUCCCAGUACAACACAGAAUGGGCUUAUGGCAAUGAUCAGUACCAACCAAUCACCUCCCCUUCCUCGGGACUGUGUACCAACACAGAGACAGUAUACUCGGACUCGGAAACAUCUUCAGUAAAUUCUUCCAGAGAGGCUGGAGGAUCUAGCCAGCUUCCUUGGCUGCAAAGGAGAACUCAAAGUGAGAAGUCCCAAGCAGAAAGAACCUAUUUGCAUGGAGAACUGGAUGUAAAUUUCAAUCCACGAACAUCCAGUAUAGAGUAUUCAGACAGCAGUGAGGAGGCUGAGGAAGUCAAUUAUGACUUAGAAAAGAGGUCUAGAAGGUGGAGAAAGAGCAAAGUUGUCUCAGAAGAACUGUGGGAAGGAAAACAUCAUGGAAAAACUCACAAGAAUGAGAGCUCAAAUCAGGAUUUUGAAGAUUUAUCAGAAAGUGAUAUAAGCAGUGAGGAUCAACACAAUAAAAUUAAAGCAGACCUUAUGGAGGAAGAGCUUAAAUCCAGGUUAUUUGACCUAGCUGCUAAGAUGAAUGACAAGGAAACAUCUUCCGGUGAAGAACAGAAAUCAGAGCCUCCAACAGAAUAUGAGAACCAGAAGGAGAGUGUGUCAUCGGAAGAAAACAGCAAAAGCAUACAGGAUGAGCUGAAGAAGAAGUACUCUGCUGUCUCUCUCUGCAACAUAUCUACAGAGGUCCUAAAAGUCAUUAAUGCCACAGAGGAACUGAUAGCAGAAUCCACAGGCCCUGGUGAUCUCCCAGCAGACACUCAUGACAGAGGGAAAGAGGUGUUUCCAUUAGGUACAGACCCUGUCAGACUUGAUGAGCAGCUCACCACGUUGGAAGAAAAUGUAUACUUGACAGCAGGCACUGUGUAUGGGUUAGAGGGUCAGCUGACGGAGUUAGAGGAUGCAGCACGCAAAAUUAACAGUAUUACAGCAGAAUCCGAACUAGCUGAGCUGGAAGAUCAGGUAGCAACGGCGGCAGCACAGGUUCAUCAUGCAGAGCUUCAGAUUUCAGAUAUUGAAAGCAGAAUUUCAGCGCUCACUUGUGCAGGCUUGAAUGUGGCACCAUGUGUUCGCCUGGCAAGAAAACGGGAGCAAAAACAAAUGAACCAGACGCAAACAAUAGACACAUCAAGACAGCAAAGGAGAAAGCUUCCAGCUCCACCAGUAAAAGGUGAAAAAACUGAUGAGACUCCAGUUACUACUACUACUACUACUAGAACAUUUAACAGAAACUUCAUGCUCCGAGGAUCUCUAACACAAAGAACUAAAGAGAGAAAAAGCACUGCCAAGGACCCAAAGAUCAACUAGCAGCAACAGCCAGACAGAAGCAAGACAAGGAUGAGAGCAGCUGGCCCCAGUCACUCACCUGUUCACCGAGGCUCUGCUCCACAGGUGACUGAUGCUCCACAGAGAAACAAGCCCAGCACUUGGGGGCAGCUGGCAUUUUAUACCUAGAAGACCAGGCUAGAAGGAGGGAGGGAGGAAGGGGAUGGAUGGACGUCAGCUGCACAGCUGAGCAAAAUCUACAUUGGAAAAGUAAUUGUUCUUGUAGCUCCAUUAAACAGCUCUGAGGGGGAGAGCUGGGGGCGGUGUUAAUGCAAUGCAUGGCUAGGGGCACUUUGUCAGCAUGAUCGACCAGCUUCAAGGAAGACCCUCCCUUUUCCCAGCCAGCGAGGAGUGGGAGCCAGCAGGGAGGGGGUAUGGAUGCUGCUCCACCCCCAUAAAUCUGCUGGGUCUCACAGACUGGAGCAGCAACAGCUUGGUCACUGCACUCUUCAUCACAGAAGUUGUCAAUCUGAAAAGCACUUUCCAAAGCUAGGGAGACAAGACCGCACAAGUUCAGAAGAACAUCACUGGGGAUGAGGUGCUCAGGAGAGACAGAAAGAAGUGGGACUCCCAAAGUAGUGUGAUGAGGAUUGCCCUUCCACCAUCCCCAAGUUGCAUUCCUUUGUUAUUGGGGUUUUUCCCAUGUGCCCUAGCUCGGAUCCCCCGCCCCCAAAAGCAUACUGAGGGGUGUGCAUGUUCCAGACUGUCACAUAGGAUACAGAGAUCUCCCUCAGCUUGGGCACCUGAACAGUGCUAUAGCAGUGAAGUUUGGUGCCCGGGGCAAAGCCCACAGGAGCAGCCCGCCCUUGCCCCACACACAGGUCCGGUGGAGGGGGAUACACAUCCCCCAUGUUUGCCUGGAAGUGCACACAGUGGUGGAAGCCGCGCUUCCCCCAUCCCUGCACCCCCCCCCCCAAACCAGCUGCUCGCAGCUCCAUCCCAUGCCCUGGCCCAGCUGGGCAGCACCUGUUGGCACCCCUUCGCUUCAGUGCCCGGGGUGGUUGCCCCGCUUCCCCCCGCCCCUUGCUAUAGCACUGCACCUGAAGCAGUCUAGCCACAUAGCAGGUGAAUUAGCCCAUGUGAAGCACUGGCCUGCUGUGACUAGCCUACAUCUAAUACCCAGGCCAUCUCAUUUAGAGCUGGCUCCAGUAUCUUUACACUAUACUGCAUACACUAAGCUCAUGAAAGAGAGAGGAGAAGAGUUUAACAGGCCCAGGAGCCUUCUAACAGAAGUUCAUGGUGAUCAGCAGCCUCUGAUCUCUUCCUUGGUCCUUGCACUUUUUUCUUCUUGAGGAAAGACACUGGUCCCAUCUCAAGGAUUAUAUUGGAGCAACCCAGUUACAUGUAAGCAUUUAGGAUCCGAUUCAGCAAGGCACAUUAGCUGCUGCAUAGCUGUGAUCACCUGUGUGGUCUGCUGCUUAUAGACUUAAAGUUAAGCAGUGGGUUUAGGUCCCAGUCCAGCAAGCUACUUAAGUGAAAGAUUAAAUCGAUCCUGAAUCAGCAAAGCACUUCAGCAUUCCCCUAUUGUUAAAGAGGUUGUCAAAUUGCUGCAUAUGGAAGUUUUGAUCCAGUGCUCACUAUGGGUGUGUCCAGACAAGAGUGCACAUGCAUUUCCCCAGGGACAAAUAGCAGUGGCACAUAGUUGUGUCACUGCUACUUGUCCCCAGGGAACACCUGUACAUGCACGCUCUGUUGUGUGGCAAGUUGCCCCAAGUGGGGUACAGGAGGACGGGGCUAGCACCUGGGCUGGUCCCAGCAGCCUUACCUGGGGUUUUGGGGGCCUCCUGGGGCUCCAGCUGCAGCCAUCCAGCCAGCAGCUGGAGUGUGGCUCUGGCUGGCCAGGAUCCUGUUUCAGAUGGUGCACGCUGGGCCCUCCCGCCCCCCCCCUUUUUUUUUUUUUGGCUCAGGUUUUUCUGACACAGGGAACACCUGCAUGUGUAUACUUACUAUGCAUGCGCGCUCGUCUGGAUAUGCCCCGAGUCUACACUAGCAGAUGUCUAGUUCUAAUCAUUUCUGCACUAAGGACUUUAUAAAAAUGCACUUCUUGAAUAACACAGUCCUUAUUUUCAGUGAAGAAAUCAUUGCCCGGUAAUGGAUCUCUCUAUUUAUAUAACCAAGAAUGUGGUUUAUGUUUGCAUGGCUCUAAAGAGUGUUUGAUCUAGCUGUUAGCAGAUACUUCAGUUCUAAUCCUGUACUAAUGAAGCAGCUCACUCUUUAUGCAACUAUUUCGAGAUUUCUAAUAACUAAUGACCCUAUCACUAAGGUCUUUAUAGGUAAAGGAACAUCUCUUACUAUUACUGUAUUGAGAUUCACAAAAGGAUAAAAUUAUUUUAAACCUACCCCUGACAUUCUUGAUUCUAUUUUGAACGUGUUUAAGGAAAUGGAGUAGACAAUUUUUUGCUAUUCCUUUCAUGUCAGAGGGAAUUAAACAAAACAAAACAAAAACAUUGGUGGUUUAGUUAUGCUUUAAAUUUGGGCAAAGUUACUAAACAUUGCUACAGUGAGUCACUUCUAUGCCAUUAGUGCAAAUGCUACUGUUUCAUUGAAACCAUCUCCUGAAGAACACUGAACACCUGUCUUAGAACAAGUUAUUUUCUUUUUCUUUUUGAACAAAGAACAAAAACCUUUUCUUGAACAAAGUCUUGGAUAAUUUGUGUGCACAGCUAUUUGUGAAACUUUAUAUGAAGGUUUGAUUAUUAAGAGCUUUAUUUGAAUAUGCUGCAGAGACUGCUUGGGGACAUCAGUAAUGACUACAUCAGGACCAGGGUGAGAAAGCUAGAGAAGUCUUUAGUUGUGAUUUGUUCUUUGAAUUUCUCUUGGCUAUGUCAUAAGUAGCCAGACUUCUUCAUUGUUCCCCCGAGUGUUUGUGUAUGCCCCUGUAUACACACACACAACAGGAGAUGAAAGUUGAUAAAUAUUCUUCCAUCCAGCUGAGUUUCUUCUUCCUUUAUCCCUACCAGUAGAAGGGUAUUUAAAGAAAUCCUGUCAUAUGCUCCUUUAUCUAAGUUUUCAGGAGUUUACUCAGCCUAAUUAGGGUUAUAACAACAAAAUAAUAAGAACACGCCAAGUCUGUGGUGGAGUACAACUGUCUUUUCUAAAGAUGACUCAGUCAAUAAUGCAUACACAUGCUCUCUUCUCCUGCUCGCUUUUAAAACACUACCUUUGAACCACACAAAUUAAAAGGAAACAUUUCCUACCAAAAAAAUCAAUUUGUAGCAAAGAGCUGGUAGCUACUCUUCACUCUUGCUAAAUGUGUGCGUGUGCAUGCAUGCUAAGGAUAUUCUUCCACACUUGGUUUAUUGAUGAGACCCUCCAUGGAUUUAUUCCACUCCACGUCAGAGCUUUUCAUUUGUCCCUUUUCCCCCACUUAUUCUGCUCUUAUGUCAUUUGCCUCCCUUUUCAGACUCCACUCACUUGGGCCAUGGAUGCUAUGAGGGUCUUUAGCUUAUUGAGUGAGUCUGCAUCUGAUUUUAAGUGAGAGCUAAAAGCACAUUUGUUCCACCUUGCUUAUACAACAUAUUUUCUUUCUCUGCUAUUUUUAAUAGUCUAUUUAUAUUAUAAAAUUUCAGAGAGUGGAUGUGGACCUAUGUUUCCUCAAACUCUCAGUGAGUACCUGAAAAAGUACCCCAUUUGUCUGAAAGUUACCAUAUAACUAUAAUAAAAUGGCAUUAUGCUAUUUUUGCCCAGUGUAGUUGGCUCAUCUGUAAAGGGAUGAGGCAAAUUAAUGUACAGUUGUGAGAUGCAUCGUAAUUUGCUUCUUCUUACUAUGCUGCUGGAGUUUAAAGCACUCUGAUUUCAAAUGUUACUGUUCAAGUUUCAAGAAUGGUACACUAGCACUAUAUUAUGUGAUAUGAUGGAAACAGACUUAAUCACUCUGUCACUAUUUAUUCCCUGUGCACUUAAACCUUUUCUUUAAAUCUUAACUAUUAGUCAUACCCCAAAUGUCCAAAUCUUUCCUCUGCCAUCUCAGCUACAGCAAAAGUAGGCCCUGAGCCUCAGUUUUUGAGCACUGUCCCAAUUUCUGCACACUGACCUCUCUUUCAAUCAGUCUUACCAAACAGCCCCACUCACACCCCAUACUGUAAGACCUUGGAGUCCUUUCUCUAGCACAGGGAAGGAUUCAGAAAACUGUCAUUCCCAAAGGACUCAGGGAUGGACGGUCAGGAAUAGCACCCCUUGACUUCAGAAGGCCUCAGGCCAUUCUCUUCAUGAGAAGGCAGCUCAAUCCAGGACUCCAUCCUUUUUGAUGAGAUAGCAUGCUGCCUGGUUAAUCAUCCCCUAAGUACCCUUCUUUAUCCUUAGGGACUUGGUACACCUGACCUACUCAGCCCCUUGUUGGGUUACUUUCAAGGAUCCAGUCUUCCCAUUCUCCAUUCCUUCAAUUCGAGUGCAUUUGCCCUACAGUGACACUGUUACUGUGCUGUGCUUUAGUACUUCCAAAAGGACUAAAGCACGGCACAGUAACUGUCCAUGCUGUGCUGUACGUGUGGCACACGGUUAUGUUUAGUAGCCACUUUGCCACAGCAACAUGAUAUAAUGAGGGAGCGUACCACUACGGCUAAGUAGCUUCCAGUCCUGUGUAGACACCCAUGGAUGCUACAUCACAGUAGUACAUUGCUACAGUGAUAUAGUGUCAUGUGUCGACACACCCUUUAUGUAGCAAUCCCUGCACUUCCCACUGCUAGUUUACAGAACACUUUCUUUAAGAGAAGAAAACACAAUAUUUGAAUAUUUUAAAAGUUUAAUAAAAAAUUCUCUGGGCUUAAAACCAAAUUAACUAAUUGUCAUCCUCAUUGUAUUAGUGCGCCUCAAUUUUCAAGUCUCAUUGAAACCCAUAACACUGAUGAUGUUAUAGUGAAUGGGCUGUUAUGCUGGCAUACUACACUCCAUCCUCUAUAUAAAACUUAACAGCUGGCUAUUUCCUGAUAAUCCCUUCAGUGAAGCUAGAUUUUUUUUAAUGCUAAAAACUUCAGUAAAGUCCAUUCAAAGGGGAAAAAAAUUGAAACAAUAUUUUGAGAUUGACCAAGGUCUUCCAAUACAUGAUCUGACACUCCACAAGCUGAAAUGAAACCACUGGCAUUUUAAUUCUACUUAUUUAUGCUGAUAUAUGGAAUUAUGUUUUUCGGUAUCUCCUAUGUGGUAUUUUGGCUUCUAUUCUACCCAGGAGAGCACACAAUUCACCAGUAGACUCUCUAUAUGCCUGAAGAAGGAUGUUUGUGCCCAAAAGCUUGCAAAGAACAAUUUUUCCAACUAUUUAGUUGGUCUAAUAAAAGAUAUCACAUCUA